AGGCUGUCCCACAACUUCGUCAUGGUGAAGUCAACCGUCGCCUUGCUGUGCAAGAGCACGUCAAACCUGAAGAAACGUAAAAUCGAUGAGACACCAGAUCAGUACCUCAAGAAAAUCACGCAUUUAUAUUUGAACGGCAAACAUUUGGACGAAGUAGGCCCCGAGUUAGCGCUGUGCAAGCAGUUGAAUGUGCUCUAUCUUUAUGACAACAUGCUAAAGGAAUUUCCUGAUCUGUCGGUGUUGACACAAAUUACACAUCUUUACCUGCAAAACAACCAAAUUACUCGUAUAGACAACCUUGGUUCUCUUGCGAGAUUGGAAAAAUUGUUUCUAAGCCGAAACUGUAUCUCUUUGGUCGAGGGCUUGGAGGGAUUGACCGCGCUACAGGAGUUACGACUGGACAACCAGAAACUUUAUCCUGGGGAAUCACUUCUGUUUGAUGAACAGAGCGUGACUUCCAUUGCCGAAACGCUGACUCGGUUGGACGUCUCAGGAAACGCCCUUGAAACCUUGGAAGAUUUGACGCCAUUAAAAAAGCUGCUCUAUCUGAGUGCUGGAAACAAUCAUAUUAAAAGCAUAAGGAAGCUGUCAGAAGUACUCCCUAGUUGGCCAGCUCUGACACAUUUGGAGCUCCAGGGAAAUCCGGUGAUGAAGAAACUCCGGGUCCGAGAUGCCAUUGUUGUGAAUACUAAAUCUUUGGAAAUGCUGGACAACAAACCCAUCCCAGAAACUACUCGACAAUUCCUUGAGAACUGGAAUCAUGUCAAGGGGAUUCGACUGGAUAACUCU